AUGGCUUCCUUUUAUAAAAAUACUAAUCUGAGUAAAAGAACAAAACAAAGAAGAGUAGAGGAAGAACUAAAAAGUAGUACUGUUGGAUGUAGUUCUAAAGAAUAUAAUACUGAAAAUAUUGGACCUACUCUAGUUGAAUCUAGUUUUUCAAAUAUUGAUCAUUCUGCCCCCAGUAUCACGUCUCAAUCUAAAUCCAAUGAUAUUAAUCUUAAUAUAGACGUAUUAAAUUCAAACGGGGAUGAAGAAUUGUACUAUUCUAGUGAUGGAGUAUCUUCCAGUGAAACAGAUGAAAAUGAAUGGAAUGAAAAUUAUGAUAACCCUAUUGAUAAUCUAUCUCAUUUUAAAUUUUUGAUCAUGAAUUGGGCCAUUGACUGUAAUAUCCCGCAGAUAGCUCUAAAUAAACUAUUAACUUUACUAAAAAAACAUAAAUGUUUUGAAGAUCUACCUAAAGAUUCUAGAACCAUAAUGUCCAAAAAUAUUGAAAAGUCUUCAGAAAUUCAAACAGUUGUACCAGGAAAAUAUUAUCAUUUUGGAAUUUUAAAAGGAAUUGAACAAAAUUUUACUGAGUCUGUUCAAGAUGAUAAUAAAAUUGAAAUAAUUGUAGGAAUUGAUGGGUUACCAUUGUAUAAAAGUAAUCCUGAACAAUUGUGGCCCAUUUUAGCCUAUAUUCGUCCUGAUAGUACUAAUGUAUUUCCAAUAGGGAUUUACUGUGGAAGAGAAAAACCUGCCAGUAGUAAUGAUUUUAUGAAAUUGUUUGUUGAUGAAGCCAAAUUUUUGUAUCAGAACGGGAUUUGUAUUAAAAAUAAAACAUAUAAUUUCUCCGUUUACACAUUGUGCUGUGAUGUUCCUGCUAAAUCAUUUGUGCUUCAAAUCAAAGGCCAUUCAGGUUUUUUUUCUUGUACUCGCUGUGAGGUAGAAGGAGAAUAUUUGAACAACAGAAUUUGUUUUCCUUAUAAUUCACCAUUAAACCGUCCACAAAAUAUAACACAUCAAAAUUACUUAUUACAGUCAAAAGAAGAACAUCACGUUGGUGAUGUUUCGAUUAUUACAACUUUGCCUAAUUUUAAUGUUGUAACUUCUUUCUCUCUAGACUAUAUGCACUUGGUGUGUUUAGGUGUUGUUCGAAAGCUGAUAUUAUUAUGGAUUAAAGGACCUAUAAAUAUUCGUUAUCCAUCUUGGAAAAUUAAAGAAAUAUCAAACUCUCUUGAAAACCUUAAAAAUAAAAUGCCAUGUGAGUUUGCUAGAAAGCCAAGAAGACUUGAUGAAAUAUGUCGUUGGAAGGCCACAGAAUUUCGGACUUUUGUGCUUUAUAUAGGAACGUUUGUCACAAAAUCGGUUUUAAAAAAAGAACAUUGGAAACAUUUUUUUAGCUUAAACUUGGCAAUGAUGAUAUUGAUUAGUCCUGAUUAUGGACAAUAUAUAAAUCAUGCACGAUUAUUAUUAGACAACUUUGUUAAAAAUUUUGAGUUAAUGUAUGGGCGUCACCUGAUUUCCCAUAAUAUUCAUGGUUUAAUCCAUUUAUGUGAUGAUUACACUCUGUUUGGUCCAUUAGACAACGUUUCAGCAUUUCCUUUUGAGAAUUAUAUGGGAUCCUUGAAGAAAAUGUUAAGAAAACCUGACAAGCCCCUACAACAAAUCAUUAAAAGAUACAAAGAAAAAUGUUUGCUGAUGUCCAAUACUAAAUACAAAUAUAUUGAACUUCAUUUCACUGGUAUUCAUAAUCGUGGACCUAUUAUAGAAAAUAGUAUGAAAGGAUUACAAUUUUCUUCUCUAAAAUUAGAAAAUAUGACAGUAAAAACCAAAGUGGAUGCUGAUUCUUACUUAAUUACUAAAGAUAAAAAAUUAAUUAAAGUUGUUAAUAUAAUUUCUAAUGAAAGAAAAAGUGAUGGCAUUUUAAUAUGUAAAUACUUUCAAAAUAGUUAUCCAUUAUUUCUUAACCCCAUAAGUUCGAUAGAUUUUGAUAUUUAUGCUGUUAAUAACUUAUCCAGUGAGCUUAUUUGGUAUCAUAUUAAUGAUAUAAACAAAAAAAUUAUACUUAUACCUCAUAAUAAUGAGCAGAUUUUACUUCCAUUGUUACAUUCCACUAAAAAUUCUAUACCAGUUUUAGAUAAUAAUAUAUAA